AUGACGGACCCCCUCCAAGACCAGGACCCAGCCCAGGACCAGGACCCAGCCCAGGACCAGGACCCAGCCCAGGACCAGGACCCAGCCCAGGACCAGGACCUCAGCCCGGAGGUUACUCAGAAGGAGGAUCAUCGUCUCAAUCGGGAGGUAGUUCUGGAAGCGGGCCAGCACCGGGAGGAUAUGAUGGAGGUGAUGGAACCUGCUCCAGGACCAGGACCCAGACCUAGCCCAGGACCAGGACCCAGACCUAGCCCAGGACCUCGACCAGGACCAAGACCGAAUCCAUCGCCAGGACCAACACCCGGAGGAUAUGGAGGGCCACCUCCACCACCUGCAGGUGGCGAAGAUGACUCGCAAUAUCAAUCAAACGCCAGUUAUCAGCAGAAUGAAGCCAAGAAUCCAGCACCAUCCAUGAGUGCUAGUGGAAACGAUGGUCUCGCUUACAGCAAUGUUCUUCGUGCUCGCCGUUAA